AUGGGCGGAGUUGGUCAGCGACCACUCUCUGAAGUAAGCCCCAUGGCGCAGAGACGCAACUCUCCUAUCUGGAACCAAACAACCAAGAUGCCGGCUGGCGAAGCCGCUGCUUACGAUGUCUCCCCUCUAAACAACACAUCUGCCCAGCGUCUCUUCUGGAAGGGUCGCGAAUCUCCUACUCCGUUUGCCAAGGGCGCCGAAAACCGUAUGCCAUAUGACCCGGAAUCCUCUUACUUCCCUGCGCGUCGCCCAUCCCUCGAGGACCUCAAGCGCGCGUCGCGAGUGAAGAACAAUGCCGGCAUGUUUCGCGAUACUGAAUAUGACCCAGCCAAUGUCAAUGUACCACAGAGACCAAUGGCCGCUGAUCGGUCACCGAACCGCGAUAGCCAAAUGAAUCUCGCCAAGUCAAAAUUCGUUGACGAGGACGAUGCGGCAUGCAUUCCGAGACCAAUUUCUCCAAGUAAAGAUCAGCCUUCCCCUGGAAAGUCAUCACUGUCUAAGGGCAGCCGGUAUGGCAAGGGGUUUGAUCCGUCGCAUGACAUUUGGUCCGAGCAUGAUAACGCUGCUUACGGGAAGAGUGUCAAGUUCGACGCUGCACCCCCGCAAGUCAAUGAAUAUGAGAUGCGCACCCCUGACCCCUCCUCUCUUGCUUCAGGGUCCCGUGAAAAUAGCUAUGACUCGGAGGAGGAUGUGGAUGUCAGUUUCGAGCAUGAGUCAUCCAUUGAGCGAGACGACAGCUUUGAUGCCUCACUCGAGGAUAUUGAAAAGACCCCAGUGGUUCUCCCCGAGGAUUGGCGUUUCAUGAGUCCUGAAAGUGGAAAUGAGGAAGAGGACUCUUUCGUUGAGAACACCGACAAUGACACCUCUGACGAACGUCCCGUGUCGCGCGGAGGAGACUCUAGCAGUCAUUCUCGAGUGGAGUCUCUUGAUUCCAAUGGCGAGCGUCGUCCGCUACCGCCGCUGCCUUCAGUUGCACGCAUGUCCUUGUCUGGAUCUCGGCCAACUUCGCCGGAGAAGUUGGCCACCGCCUUCGAACGUGGCAGUGGUAGUGAGCGUGGCUUGCCCGCCGCUCCCCGUCCCGCAUCGUAUAGCAAAUCUGACCUCAACGGCGGCGUGUCCUUGGAAGAGCGAUUGAAGCUCAUGAUGCUCCAUGAGCAUGAAGGGGAUGGAGAUGACAACGACAAGGAGACGAAUGAGCCAUUGAAAGCAUCAGCCAAGUCUCAACUCGCGGAGUCGGCCCUUGAAAGUGAGACACAAUGCGCAGAAGCAUCAGGGCACGACGUCUUCUCUCCUCCACGCAUUUCUCGCGAAUCCAUUUUACGGGAUAUUCGCAGGAGCGACAGCUAUGAUGAUGAUGCUUUUGAUGAUGACUCUCAAAUUGCCUCUAGCCCCAACCCUUAUGACCAUUAUGACCCAGAUGUCCCCAUUCCGUCUCUGGAAAAGGACGAUGACGAUUGUUCCAGUGUGAUCAUUAAAGAGGAGGCGCACGACGACGACCUUUAUGCCAUCCCUGAUUACUAUCAAAACUAUUCUGAUAAUAGCCUGUCCUCAAAAGACCAGCGAGCCAAGUAUGACGAGGAUAGCAAUUAUUCACUGCGUGAGGCUGCGGAGGCUACGGAGGCUACUGUGAAGGACAACUCUGGUCAGACCACCCCCAUCGCCGAGAAAAACGAUGAAGGUGUAUCUGAACAUCAGAUUGAGGAAUCAAAAGAGAUCCCUCAGGCUGACCAAGGUCAUGGAUUUGACAUGGCUUCUAUUCGCCAAUCCCUUGGCCGUCCUGUGACUCCCGAGAUCAAGCAGGAGCACGAAGAUGAGAUUUCCGAGCCUUCUACGCCAGAGUCCGUCAUUCGACAUCCCAUUGAGGACGGUGAUGAUGCAGUCGAGGAGGAUGAUGAAGCCUUCGAAAGUUCCUCCGAUGAAUCCGUUCCUGAACCAGUCGCCACUAUCAAAGCCCCUGGCGCUGGUCUCAAAACUCGACCCUCGCUAACACCUGCUGAUAUGGAGUCCAUGGCUGCGACUCGUCGCAAGAUCAGCGGCCAACAUGCGCCUCCAAUGCCGUCUCUCACCCGGCAGUCUUCCACCGACACUGAGCGCGAAGACAAAUUCACCGAUUUGGCACCGCAGCUGACACUUCCAACCAACCCAUCUCAACGCCAGUCAAGCCUGAUGCAACUCGACAUACCCUUCAGCAUUCAGGAGGAAAGUCUUGGCUUUGGCCUCGACAGGGAGUUUGACCGCGUCAUUGAAUCUCAAAAGGUUGCGUUCCAAUUCGCUCUUUCCCAAAUUGAUUAUUCUCCAGUCCCAGCUUCCCAGGCGGAUCGCCCGCUGGCCUCUCGAACCCAAGGACUUCCCAAAUUUGCCGACUUUGUCAGACCCGCUAACAAACUUUGCAAUCAACAGAGAGGCUACCUCAUGCGGCAAAAUACUAAGGUUGUCAUCGCCAACAACCGUAUCGAUAACGAAGACGAACCCAUGAAAACGAGCGAACACUGUACGCAAGAUCCGCGCGGCACCCGCUCCGCGGGCUCUUCCCCUCGCAAGCCGAGCCAGCAGACCUGGACUACCGAGCCAUGGAAUGGUUCCACGCGACGUCCAAGUAUCAAGAUGGCUGGUGCUGUACCAAAGAAGAAGCCUGUUCCUGGUGUUGGUUCUGUGCCCCCCCCUUCCUGGUCAACCAAGCAACCUUCGAGGAAGGAGAAGAACGCGGUCGUCUUCGUUGUCAAGGUUGUCGGAAUCAAGUACUUGGAUCUUCCUCUUCCGCGUGGCGAGCGCUCCCACUUUUCACUCACACUGGACAAUGGUUUGCACUGUGUGACAACGUCUUGGCUUGAGCUGGGCAAGUCAGCUCCGAUCGGCCAAGAAUUUGAGCUCAUUGUCCAGAACGAUCUUGAAUUCCAACUGACUCUGCAGAUGAAGGUCGAUGAAAACAAGCUUUAUCCCCAGGAGACCGCUGCCUCUCCUGCUCGCCAGAAGACAUCAGCUCUAAGUCGUGUUUUCGCUUCUCCCCGCAGACGCAAGGAGCUCGAUCUGAAGCAGCAAAUGCAGACCCAACAGUCGAAGGAUGUUAACGCGCCCGUCUAUGACCGCCUUCGAAACCUUGUUGCUCGGGAUGGAAGCUUUGCUCGUGCCUAUGUUGCUCUCAGCGACCACGAAAAGCAGUCCUUUGGUCGUCCUCAUGUUGUCGAUGUUGCUUGCUUCAACGAAUGGGCCGUCGACGAGCAGCCCAGUAGUGUCAAAAGCAAGAAGAGCACCACAAGCAUGACUGCGCAGCGCCGUCCGCCAUACAAGAUUGGCAAGUUGGAAUUGCAGUUGUUGUUUGUCCCCAAGCCCAAAGGCAGCAAAGAAGACGACAUGCCCAAAAGCAUGAAUGCCUGUAUUCGCGAGAUGCGGGAUGCCGAGAGUGUUGCUGCUCGAAGCUGGGAAGGAUUCCUUUCUCAACAGGGAGGAGAUUGUCCCUUUUGGCGUCGUCGCUACUUCAAACUCCAGGGCUCCAAGUUGACUGCUUAUCAUGAGACGACACGCCAACCCCGGGCAACUAUCAACCUGGCCAAAGCCUCCAAGCUCAUCGAUGACCGGUCGUCUCUUACUCAGAAGGAGACCAGCACUAAGAAUGGUGGUCGCCGGAAGUCGGCUUUCGCUGAAGAGGAGGACGGCUAUAUGUUCGUCGAGGAAGGCUUCCGUAUUCGUUUCGGUAACGGCGAAGUGAUUGACUUUUACGCCGACAGCGCAGCGGACAAGGAUGGUUGGCUGAGAGUAAUGUCAGAGGCUGUCGGAAAGGGAUCUUCCUCUGGGAACGGUGCGGUCAAACCCUGGGCUGAACUUGUGCUCAAGCGUGAACGAAGCAUGAAGGCUCGGCGUUCCACCACCGACCGUCUUCCAGGUGGCCCCCCCUCGCCCACUGGAAAGCGACAAAGCAACAUCACAGGGGUCGCUCCCGCCUCAGCAGGCUCUGCGGCGCAGGCGCCCUCAUCUCCCCGUCCCCGACACAAGCACACCCAAUCCCAGCCCGAGGUGGGCGGUAUCGACGCUCGCCGGCAGAAAACGCGCUCUCUCAUGUUCUAA